AUGACCGUCGCCAGCGAGUUUGAAGUUGCCAACCAGCAAUAUGUAGCUAGCUUUGACAAGGCUGACCUGCCCAUGCCCCCGGGACGAAAAGUCUUUGUCUUGACUUGCAUGGACGCUCGUCUUGACCCAGCCAAGUUCCUCGGCCUGGAAGAGGGCCACGCCCACGUCUAUCGAAACGCCGGAGGCCGAGCCUCUGAGGCGCUGCGAAGCUUGAUCAUCUCUCAGCAGGCGCUGGGAACUCGAGAAGUCGUCGUCAUUCACCACACCGACUGCGGCAUGCUUAUCAUCAAGGAGGAUGAAUUCCGUGACACCGUCAAGAAGAAUACUGGUGAAGACGUCAGCCACGUUGCCUUCUUGACCAUCAAGGACCUGCAAGAGAGUGUCAAGACCGAUGUGGAGAUUCUGAAGAAGAGUCCCGCAGUGCUGGACGUGCCUAUUUCGGGGUACAUCUUUGAUGUCAAGACGGGCAAGAUUAACAAGGUUGUUUGA